CGGACAACAGCAGUCAUAUUCAGCACACGGCUCAGGAUCGCGAGCAAAUAUUACUGAUCUGAUUGUAAUUUUGUCCCAUUAAGCUUAGAUAAUCGACUGGUAGUAGUUUUACUAAUUUUACUCACUUCUAAGUAUACCGGUUAAAAAUGUCCGAAACGAAGGAAAUGCAAACGGAUGAGAGGGAGGCGCUAAUUUCCAUCUACGAGGGCGACAGUUCCUUCAAACAGAUCAACGCUGAAACUUAUCAAUAUAAGUACGGCGAGGACGAUGAGAAAAAGUCAUUCCUGCUAGAAAUAAGUUGGCAUGAAAAUUAUCCCAACGAGCUUCCAACUAUUAAUAUGGAUACGUUUUACAACAGGAAUAUUUCCCGCACCGUAAAGGAUCGGAUAAUCGCAAUGCUAAAAGAGGAAGGUGACCAGUGGCUGGGCUGCGGCAUGACCUACACUCUGUUCGAGUGCCUUAAAGACAAGGUGGAGGAUCUGCUGGUGGACGAGAACUGCAAUGCUGACAAUGAUCAGCAAAUCAUCGGUACCGGUCAUCCAGAUGGAGAACCGGGAGCCGAUGACGAUGAAAAUUCCUCCGACGCCGAGGGUGACGAACGGGGGAACCGAACCGGUGGAGGAACUGGCGCAGGUGGAGGACAGAAGAAAGAACAUCUCACCAAGGCACAAAAACGGAAACAGUGGGACCGAGUCGAUAACAAGGGCAAUCGUCCCAGGGGCUGGGAUUGGGUGGACAUUGUUAAGCAUUUGUCGCAAACCGGCGGAAAGCCGGAGUAACUGUAGGAUUGCUUUUGGAAAUAUAUUUAAAUAAGCAAAAAAUUGA